AUCGCUUCUCUUCUCUCUCUCGUCCAGUCGACGAUCCAAUUUACCCGCCAAAAACCUUUUUUCUUUAUAAUUUAAACGUCCAAAUUUUUCAGUUUUUCAAAUUCCCCCCCUUCCCGUUUCCGUCUUCCUCACCUACUUCCCCUCUCCGGCUGUCUCCUGCGCUUCCCGGUUUAUCUCUUUCCUCUCUUCAACACGGCGUCGUUGGGUAAUCCAUGGAUUCGGCGGUGAAUGUGGAGUCUGAGACGGGCUUGGAAACUGCGGGGUUUGCUUUUGGUGAGAAGAGGCCGCUUGAGAACGGUGAGGUUUCCUCCGUGAAGAAGCGGCGAUGUGGGCCCCCCGAAGCGAUGAAGAGAGUGGCAGAGAUAGUGCUGCUGCUGUCGGCUAUGGCGAAGAUGCGAGGUGGAGGGAGAAGUCCGACGGAUGUCGAGUUAGGGUUGAUGACGGAGGCUAGGCAAACGUUGGUGGAGAUAUGUGGAGAGCUGGCGCCGGGGGAUAUUGUGGGAAGGGAUGCAAUUGGAGCUGUUAUUGAAGAUUUGGGGCUUAAUGCGAAGCUCAAGGAACAGAGAUUAGGGUUUAGGAUGCCGAGAUUGACCAUCUUGGAGAGGUUCUCGAUUGCCAAGAAGAAGAUGCUUUUGGUGAUUAGGACUGUGUUUCUGUGAUUUUUUCUGGUUCGACAUCCUAUGCAAUUCUGCAAACAAUUCAGGUGAUUAAGAUCUUGUUAGGUUUUGGUUUUGUUUAAUUGCCUUGUUGUUUGCGUUUGAUUAAUACCACUGGGUGAGAUUCCCUAUGGUUAGUUGAUGGGGAAAGGUGGGUCUUGGAAUUUGAAUGUGUGCAAAAUCAAUGGUUGCCAAACAUUUUCUAUAAAGACUUGAAGAGGAAGUAACAUGUCUUGAUCUUUUCUGGCUUUAGGUGUUGGUAAUGUAGUUCUGAUGCCUUUUUAUGUAGUUUUUUCAUAUGUGGAUUUUGAUGUAUGAGGGGUUAUGACUAGGUUUUGGUUGAGAUAAUUAUGUAAUGUAGCACCGGAGCUUGUUGCCCAAUUGGUAAGGUGCAUGUUUGUUCAAAUCU